AUGAUUGCAGAACUCAUUGUUCUAUUCCUCAUUGGUCAAGUAAACUCAGGGCCUGGAACCACCCCUUAUUUAAAACAAAUUGUGAUUGGGCGAUGUUAUAAUUACAUUACCCUGGUCAACCCCAGUUCCAGGUAUAACUGUGAGGAGAUCUGGCAUGAGUUUGAGGAAGCAGUGGUCCAGAGGACACCAUGCAGUGUGGGAGUGAAGGAUUACCAGAGAAUGUUCCAGGCUGCAACUCAGACUCCCCCCUGUGACAAAAUGCUGUUCUGGAGCAAGACACAAGGGCUAAUGCACACCUACUCAGCUAUAACAGGAAGUUUCUGGACCUUAGAAGACACACUGGUGGGAUUUAUGUUCAAUGACCUCAACUGGUGUGGACAGCAGGAAAGAGACAGAGGUUUUGAUUUUCAGUCAUGUCCAGAAUGGUCAUCAUGUGUGACACAUCCUGUGUAUUCACUCUGGAAGAGGGCGUCACAAAAUUUUGCUGCAGCAGCCUGUGGAAACAUCACAGUGCUUUUAAAUGGAUCAAUUGAGAAUGCUUUCAGCAGGGAAAGCAUGUUUGCGAGUGUGGAGCUUGGCAAUUUGAACCCCAGGACGGUGUCUCACAUCCAUAUUAAAGUUAUUCCCAAUCUGGAGGGCCCAUUCAUAGAAUCCUGCUCAAAAGGCUCAAUUCUGGAACUCAUCAAUAUUCUACAGUUGCGAGGGUUCCACUGGUCCUGCACAGACAGUGAUGAGAUACUAAUGAUUCUCCAGUGCACAAAGAAUCCAGGACAGCCAACCUGUCAAGCAUGUUCCAACAGCAUCUCACACACCUGCAGUGCAGAAGAGCAACUACAGCAUCUUAUUUUAUUCCAUCCAUGGAAUAUGCCAUAA